AUGGUUAGUUCCAGUAAUGGAAAUAAAUCAAACACUGUGAUACUCACCGAAGAUAUACUGCCUAACGAUACGUUGCAAUCUUUUUCACUGCGGUAUGGAUGCUCUAUUAAUGACAUCAAAAGAGCAAACGGACUGAUAAAGGAGCAGGAUUUUUAUGCUUUAAAAACUAUUAAAAUACCUGUGAGUCGCUACAGUUUACUAACAGUUCCUGAGGAAAAACAAAGACAUCGAGAAAUUUAUGAUCAGUUUUAUUCACAAGAUACUGCUUCCACAUCUUCAUCUGCUCUUAUUUCAACCAGUAUCGACUCUGAUGUGAAACGUUCUUUUGAAACUAUCUUGCCAAGCCAUGCUGAUAGUUCCGAUAAAUCAUCGCAAAAUACAAGUCCUGAAAUACAAUCUUCUUCUGAAUUUGAUUCUUCAGAAAGUUUAGAAGAAACAGCAUCACUUUUAGUGCAAUCUAACAGACCAAAACGUGUUGACGCAGCCGAUAAAAAUGAUACGAACAGUUACCUUAAAAAGCUUGAUAAAGAUAUAAGAAAGACCGUCAAGAAAGCUGAUAUAGGAAAUGAUAAAACACCUCACAAUGAGAGUUUAAAUGAGGUACUGUCUUCAAUUCAAUUUUAUCCCAGCGAACAGACAAUGCCUCCCCCAAACAGAGUUAAAAAAACUAAUGGUGCGGAUUGCGGUUUAAAAUGGUGGUCUGUGAUAUUAUGCUUUUUUCUCAUUUUACUUAUUAUUAUCAUCCUAGCUGUUUUUGAGUAUUAUAGAUCGAAAUAGUUUACUGCCAGAAGUUAGAACCUAGUGUCUUUUUGCCAAUUUGUUCCAUAGAAACUAGGGUGCUGUGGUAAAGUAUGGUAUCGUUUAUGAUUUCUUUUGUUGGUGUAAAAGGUUUUAGAAUUGAUUUAGAAUGCGCUUGAAGAGGUUAUCAAUCCCAUAUUUUUGAACUUUCCUGACCAUUCAUAUAUAUAUUUAUUAAUUCACUAUACUUGAAAAUUUGAAGAAUGAUUUUGUGACCAGAAAAUAUCUAAUUUGAAAAACGUGCUUAGUGAUCAAUAUUUUAUGGGUAGUAUGAAUUUAUUCCAAUAGAAUACGGGAAGUAUAGGUUGUAGUUUUUGCACUGUAAGAAGAGAAUGGGCAACAUAAUUCAUUUGUUUGUCCUCUGUAAUCAUGGCACUGCUUAUUCAAAUUUCAUAAAUCAUGAAAAUUAAUAUGUUCCCAACCCGUUAAUUAAAUAUUUACUCGUUAUAAUUUGAAUCAGGUUUGCGUGUCAAUAGUGCAUGCUAUAACAGUUCCUUUUUUACUAAACCACUCCUUUCUGAAGACAGCCCUCGUAACUAAAUCGUAAAAAAGGGGAUGCCAUUUCUCAAUUUCCAUGAUAAUAGAAUUGUUUUCAGAAUUAAAUCAUGCAUUACAUUUAUUCAGUUCAGUUCUAACCCUUAAACAGAGCUGGAAAAACUUGGUUUGCUCCCAGAUAUGACGCAUCACCUAUAUAUACAACUGUUGUAAUUCUGUCAAUGUUAAAAAUGUUUGAAUGAAGUGAUUUAUUUAGGUCUAAUUUUAGAAAUACACAGGUGAUUUUUUACAAUGGCCAAGCAUUUGAACAGUCAUUUUCAUUCAAUUGUUCUCCAGCGAUCACUUAGUAACUAGAUGUCACAUGCAUGUAAAGUUGACAUAACAUCUUCAAAUUUCCAUUUUGGUUUUCACAUAUUGCUGUCGAAACUUCAUUAGCAUGAACGUUCCAUCUUUGUUAAAUGCUAUGCAACUCAACUAUCUAUUAAUAUAGGAAUGACUACCUUUUCAUAAAAGAGUGUAUAUCUAUUAAUGAUUAUAUAAGUGUUCUUCCAUAGUUAGUUUAUGACAUAAUAUAUUAUAUGGUUGUUUCACUUGAUUAGUUAGGUAUUUGAGUUUGAAUGGUGGGAAGAGUGUGAACUUUAUAGAGCUUUAUGUUGCGAGAAUUUUGAAAUAACUUUUGUUUUGCUAGAUGGUUUUUAUAUAUAUGACAAUGUUCCAUUUUUCAUUCCAAUUUGAGUCAUUUGAUAUCCUUACUUACAUAUUGUCCACAAAAUUGUUUCAUGACCUUUUCAACCUUUUUUUUAACUGACCAUAAUUUAGGAAAAAUAAAUUUGGCGGAAUCUCGCGUCCCAAAAAGCUGUGCUUGUUUGUCAUUUGCGUAACAUAGUUUUAUUCAAGCAUAGCAAAAGAUGCUGCUGUGAUACUUAUCAAAUAUACAAUUAUUAGUAUGAAACAUAGUAAAUACAAAAUUUACCUGAAAAUAAAAUCAAUAACUUUUGACUUUUAGUUGAAAGAACAAGCAUCCAAACUUUGGGUCAUGUACUAGUGCAUACAGAAAGCCAAAAAGUGUUAACCUGUCAUGCCCAUUGUUAGGAUUUAUUAAAUCUGGCAUAGCACAGUACCUUGUGCAAUAGAUAUUAGUAAUGUCUGGUAAUUUAUAAAAGUUACUUUAACAGAUAAUGAUUGCAUAUUUAUUUUCUGACUAGGAAAUAUUCCAAAUUUAAUUAUGACUAGCCAAUAUCUUAUUUUUUGUGUGUGCGAUAAUAUAUUUUGUUGUAGAUGAGCUGUGAGAUCCUUUGAACAUAAAAUAAAUAGAACAUAUGAGAAAAGU